GGGACGGCAUGAGAGAGCCCCAGUAAGCCAGUGACUCAGCCCCCGUAACAGGGUAGAGGCAGAGAAUCCCAGUGGAAAGAGGGGAAUCGGCCAGGCAGAGACAGCAAGGGCGGUUCGUUGCUCCAGAGCCUUUCCGUUCACCUUCCCACUCCUGGGCCAGACUACACUCAAUCAUAUGACCCACUGAAGAGAUGAGUCUUCAGUAAAGACUUUACUUUUUUUACUUUAAAUUGGCUUGAAAAUCUAUGGCAAGACUUGAAAAUGGCUGUCUAGCAAUGAUCAACAACCAACUUGACAGAAUAAUGGGCAGAUAUUGUACAAUGUAGGUGUGCAAAGCUCUUAGAGAUUUACCCAGAAAGACUCACAGCCGUAAUCACUGCCAAAGGUGAUUCUAACAUGUAUUGACACAAGGGGUUGAAUACUUAUCUAAUCAAGAUAUAUUCAUAUUUUCCAUACAUUUCUUAAGAAUGUUCAAAUGUUUUUAUUCACUUUGACAUUACAGAGUAUUUUGUGUAGAUUGUUGACAGAAAUUACCAUUUAAAUCCAUUUUAAUCCACUUUGUAACACAACAAAAUGUGGAAUAGGUUAAGGGUUGGGAAUACUUUCUGAAGCUGUAUUUGUUGACUGUUUGCAUAAACACUGCCAUAACAAGCCUUGAGAGACCAUUCAUGAAAUGAAAAUCCCCAAAAUAUUUUCUGGGAAAUGUUCAAUUCAUGAUUUAUUUCAUAAAUUGACAAGCGCUAAAAUGGCAUUCACCUAAAUUUGGACUGUCUUAGUAAAAAAUAUAUAACGUCAUUUAGCAGACUCUCUAUCCAUAGCGAUUUACAGUCAUGCAUGCAUACAUUUUAUUUAGGGGUGGUCCCGGGAAGCAAACCCACUCUAUCCUGGUGGACUUUAUAUUACCUUGUCCUUCAACCUAGAUUUGAUGGAGGUCCACUCUUGUAAAGAGAAAAGAGAAAAAUAAACUUGCACAUGACAGUUGGACAAGACCCAAGGAGGAAAGACACCUUGGGAUAGACGAGGGUGGGGGCAGUGAACGGACCUGUGCACUAGAUGAAACUGGAGAAACCCAAAGGGAACCGAACUCUCUUAAAAACUGUCCCUCACAUCUGGAGGGUGCACCAUACUCCUACCCCCCUCCAACCUUCUCAUAAUCCCCCCACCCCAUCCGGGACUGGGACAGCCCUCUAUCCUGUCUAGAAACAGGGCUGGCCACGGUCAGGUCCAAGGGCCCAGACGUCCAUCUGGUAACCGUGGAAACUGCUCUGGACAGCCGCCUGCUGAGCAGUACAGGUACUUGAGAACUCUGCGUCUGCUAAGAAACAUUUGGGUAAUAAUAAAGUGUCCUGUGUUUGCUGGACUGGAGCGAGAAGCCCUAUUAACAGGACAAUGGCUUUGCCUUGCAGCUGGCCGGUGACUUGCUGGCAUAACUACAUAACUAACUAUUAAGUCAUUCAGCUUUUCAUCUCGGGCAUCUGUUUUAGGUGACUAUCUAAGACAUUUAAUGAAAAGUGUGAUGAGGAAAUGAGUUUGAAAGUAUAAGUAGGCUAUGGAAAAAGGCAUGUUAUACUAUAUGUGAAGUAGCCUGUCAGAUUAAGUGUAGUACAAAGUACGGAUUUGUCAUUGCAGGUUGAGUCAGUAUGUCAUAUUCAUAAGAGGUAAGAAGUAAUGUCUGUUUGUAUUACACUUUGUAUUGUUCCGCAGCCAAUUCAGUUGCAGGUAAAAGGUUGGCAGUCAUUUAACUUGUCAUUUAUCCAAAACCUUAGUUGACUACAUUUCUCUGACUCGGCUAUUCCUGGGAGCACUGGAGGACCCAGGGCUCAGAGUUACUGGCAGAGAUUUCACCUAUUGACGUUACCGCCUUGUGGGAAUGGGAGGAGCAAGGUGACACAGCAUAUUACGUGAGGUGACAUGCAGCAUAUUAUGCCCAAAGUAGUGUUCAGAGUGUGUGUGUGUGUGUGUGUGUGUGUGUGUGUUCUUUGUGCCUGAGAGUUUGUUGUCCUUGUGCGCAUGGGCUUAACUGUGGGUAUACACAAAGCUGUGCUGUGAAGUCGCACACAAUGCCGUACAAGUUCAUUACCAUCUGUCAAAGUGAUGGCUUGGUACCCAGGACCGCAGAGAGGGGACUGCUCUUGUCAUAAAGCCAUGCAUUUCAAAACACAUUUUUGGUUAUUUAAAGGCCCAGUGCAGUCAAAAACAUGUUGUUCCUGUGUUUUAUAUAUAUUUCCACACAGGUUGGAAUAAUACUGUGAAAUUGGGAUUAUGACGAUAAUGCCCUUUUAGUGUCAGAGCUGUUUGAAAAGACUGCCUGAAGUUUCAGUCUGUUUUGGUGGGAUGGAGUUUUGGCCUGCCUGGUGACAUCAUCAGGCAGUAAUUGAGUUAAUAGACCAAUAAGAAAGAGAGUUCCAAACCUCUCUGCUUAUCAAAGCUAGUUUUCCCCUACCCAAUCAGACCACUCCCAGACAGUCCUAGCAAAAUUCUUGCUUGAGAAAUUGCUCUUCGCAAAGAAGCUAUUUUGUUUCCUUUUGACCAUUUUAAUUUAAAACAAUCCCAGUAAGGUACUUAAUUGUUACUCAGAUAUAAUUUGAGAUAAAAUGGUUGCAUUGGACCUUUAAGUAGCAAUGCCGAUGGAACUGAUGUCAUGGCUGUAAAAUAAAGUUGUCAGUGAGAAAACAUAUAUGUAGGCAACACUUAUUGCCAAAGGCAUGUUCAAAGAAAACAUUGUCAAGCUCCUCUUCAAAAAGCUUUGAAACUGUCAUCCAUUCAUUUCUGUGUUCUUGUGGUUCAUUUCCACUCUUCAGCAUUGAUGUGUUUUUAUGCCUAUGGUUUCACAUUUCCGUCUCUAACUGUGUGAGGGUCAUCCAGAGAAAUGUAGUAACCAUGUAUUGUUUAACCCUCCCCCAUCUCCCCUUACCCAGGUUCCCCCUUGCUUGACGGUCCCCCUCUGGCAUAGGCACAGAACAGCCCACUUGUUGUUGAACCUGCCAUGAGGUGCUGUACACAUUCCUGCCUGCCACAGUCAGCUGUGUGUAUUGUUACCCAGGUUCUAUUUAUAGGGGGGCGCGGAUCCUCCCCUGCGUUUGUCUCUGCCUUGUGUGUGGUGGAGCGGGGAGCGGGGCGAGCAAGGCGCUGUUUGCCCAGGAUUUGUGCUCUGCAGGCCCCACUGUUUGCCCAGGAGGGAGUUCCCCCAUUGUGCAGGUGCUGGAGGGCUGGCCUGGUAAGGGGGUGGAAGGUGGGGUGGGGUGCGAGGCUCUGGAGUUGAGGUGCGUGCUGUACGGUGCAACCAUAAGCCUGGCCUGAAGUGUGUUAGGCAGGCCCUUUCUGAAGGAAUCACCCUCACUGCCUCUGCCCUCAAUCCAUCCCUCUCGCCAUGGGUGACAGUAGACUUGGUGACACAGUCUGUAAUGGAGGCCCUGUGUGACUAUGUAAACAUGGAGUGGAGGUUGCAAACAUAAACGAGUGUGUGUGUGUGUCUUGUUAGUUGAUGAAGAAUGUAAGAAAUGCAGUAAAAAUUCUCAAGUUUAUGGGACUCGGAGCAUAAACAACUUGGGAGUCAGUCCGUGGGCGAUGUGGCAAUUCUUAGAAGAACAUGCAUCCCCUCAAAAUAUAUGUAGGACUCCUGUUCUUAUUUUUUCUCAGAACCUUGUUGUCAAUACUGACACACCGACAGGUCUCCAGAUCCAAACACAAAAGCAAUUAAAAUAUGACAAUUCCAGUGUGCCCUCUCUCCAUGAACACAACUGUGUUUUAGCUAUGUUGAGGGGCAGGAGAAAUCACUGCACUCUCACAGCGUCCGUUCUCUCUGGUUUCACAAGACUUUUGACAGGCAGAGCAGCGUGGUGAAUAUUUAGCCUCCAGUGCUUGUGUAUUGUAUGGUGUUUCUGUAGUGUGCGGCAGAAUAGACACAAGAGCGGCAAAGGCUGAACAUUGGAUACAUUUUUUUUUGUCCUAGGUGUGUCUGAUAUUUCCUCAACAAAGAUCGAUGGAAUAGCGUACAAUAUUUGGAGCUUCGGUAAUAGUUGCAAAGUCACCACGUAAUGACAUGGAGCAUGGAGUUGAAAUGUUGCAAAUGCGUUUAUCCUCAGUUGCUGAGAAGUAGAUUUUGACGCGCGCAGGGUCUCAUCAAUAGUCUUUGAACCUGAGGUAUACGUGUGAAAAAUAACAGGUACCAAAGACAAGAACGGCAUCGAGUUCCAAGGUCUGAAUGAGAGACACUAUAGACAACGUUUCUAUAACAAGGACAUGCAGUUCUAUCCCAAAAAAUCGAACGUGUAUCUUGGAAAUGUUAUGUUUUUAAAUUGUAUUGUGGAAUAACCCAGGAAUAGCCUAAAGGUUAUGAGCGUUCUUGGCGCGUUGUUUACUAAUUUCUCAACUCAAUGUUUGGAGGCAAGACUGAGCAAGUCCUAAAGGUAAGGGUGAACUUAAUAUACACGUUAUAUUGCUUUGUAUGUUUAGAAAUGGUUUAUAAUUGUCAAUAACAAUGCAUGAUACAUAAGAUCCUGAGUCUGUCAUUUAUCAUACAUGAACCCUCUCUCUCUCUCACACGCACUCACAAACAGCAAAUAAAGUGGGUUCAUUUAAUAACGUUUCUUUGAAAUGAUAAAGCCUUUGACAUUUCUACAGAUGUGCCCAACAUUAAAUAAUUAACGGAAUGUUCCCACGAGAUUUAAGUUAGCCAAAAAUGUACUUGCAGUGCCUUUAAUUUCAAAUUGACAGCGUGCAGCAUACAUAUUUUGGUAAUGUGCGUAUUUAUCUGUACUAUUCAACUUUUUACGAAAUUAAAAUUAUAUUUAUACACAUUGUGUUCCUAUGCAGGGUGAAACUGAAAGGAUUUGGUGGAGAGGAGAAGAGAAAGGCUUGGCCGCAUAGAGGGAGGCGCCUUUCGCGCUCUCCUGAAACCAAAGCCUUUGAAUUGUUGUUUUUUUGUUCACUUCAGGCAAAGAGGAGAUAACCUGAAAAUUUGGACGCUUGAAAAUGAUGUGCAUUUAAAGGACAUCAUUGUGUGGAUUUUCACCGCCAAGACAUGCUCCACAGCCGACCAGGAGCACGCUGGGGGAAAGGGUCUGACCUCUCCGGCGUGCGCUCAGACUGGAUUUAUACGCAUGGGAUAAUCGGUGGACCAAGAUGGAGGACGAGGAGGAGAGACAGACCGGGGGUUACCGCAAUGCCGUCAGCAGGCGCCCCUUACCACCUGAGUAACUGGAAGGUGGUGCUGUGGGUGGUGGUCUCUUUGCUGCCCCUGGUGGAGGGGGCCCGUAUGGGCACUGGUUUGGGGGCAGACUCUGUCCUGGCUUUGGGAUGGGUGGGAGGGAUGUGGGAGAGGCAGCUCCCAGACACUCUACCUGAGGUGGAUGAGCAACAAGAGGAGGAGAGUGACCCAUACUCCCCCUGGCAUGGCCUCUCCGACCCCUCUGUGAUGGACGAAGCGGACGACCACCCCAGUGGCCGGUGGGUGGUCCGUUCCCCCCGCAACUCUGACCCCUCAGACGCCGAACCAACAGGCUUGGCCAAGAAAAAGAAGAAGAGGAGGAGGAAGAAAGAGAAAGAGAGGGACAGAAAGGGCAAAGGAAAGGGCAGGCAGCCCCAGCAGAGCAGCCCAGACUGCAGGGUGGAGAAACGAGAGAUGCGGGUGCGGGACUUGGGCCUGGGCUUUGACUCGGACGAGAUCAUCCUCUUCAAGUUUUGCGUGGGCUCCUGCCAGUCGUCCAGGACCAACUACGACCUGGCUCUAUGGUCCCUGAUGGAGAACGGGUCCCUGCCGCGGAGGACCUCCCGGCGGGUCAGUGCCCACCCCUGCUGCCGGCCUGACCGCUACGAGCCAGUGUCCUUCAUGGACGCCCACACCACGUGGCAGACCAUCCAGUCACUGUCGGCGGCCAGCUGCAUGUGUAUGGGCUGAGGGAGCCAGCCAAGAGGAGGAUGAAUAGGGCAGGGUGGCAACUGUCUGUCACUCACGCCUGCCUGAUUAUAUACAGAUGGUGGCUCGCCACUGAGUUUGGGUCUAGGGAGAGGUUCUGGGAGGGCAGAAGUAGUCGCUCCGAAACAUAUGCAACAGGGCUGGUCCCCAGUACAAAGCAGGAUGGAGAUUCUGUAGAGUGUCUAUGAUGGUGGAGUGAGGUCACGCCUCUUCCUGUUGUACAUUUUCUGUUGAGGAUAAAGUGGAUUCGGUUGCAAUGAGAGACUGUCAUGACCGAAUGGCAAGACAGUCUCUGGGAACAGUUUUUAACAAGAUGGUGACCACACAAUGAUAGGAUCUUAAUAUCCACAGCAGUUGGGAUAUGUAUAAGACUGACCUGGAGUACUGAUUAAAAUAUUGACUCAAAGGUCAAAAAGAGGACCAUAUCUCAUUGCAUUUGACCACAAGUAGACAGGCUCAAAACAGGGAUUUCCGUAACUUCAUUUUUUCAAUGUUCUCUUGAAUUGUACGAAAUGGAUGCCAUGCAUCUCUUUGCAUUACUGCAUUAUAGUCAACAUAUUUAUUACAGAUAAGUUAUUUAUUUAUUGUCAUUUCAUAUGAGGUCGUUUUUAUGGACUGUAGAUUUAUAUUUAUUGUCAUGAUCACAUAUCCCGGGGGGUUUGUGUUGCUGGAUCCUUAGGCUUUGAAUUGUGUUUGAUUUUUUGGGGGGUUUUGAAACAUCAAAAAGAUCAGAACAAGUGGGCAAGGAACUCAACAUGCAGUAUGUCUCAUUUCACGCAAAGGAAGGAAAUAGUCUUGUGGCUGAAAACCUAACCAGGUUACAAGCUUAGUUUCGUUUUUUCAUUGUUAUUUCAGAGCAAUUACAGUCAAUAUUACUAUUGAAAUGGUUUCCUUUAUUUUUGUACAACAAUGACAUUAUUCUGCGUAGGAAUAAA